GGCAAUAGCAAUACGUCUGACAGUUAGUAUUCUAUAAAUUGUAUCCUGUCGAGAUGCCCCGUUAUAAAACGGAGCGACCGAUUGACAUGAUUUUCAUUUUUUCUAAAUUCAAUAAAAUAUGACAGAUAUAUGAACUACGCGGAGAGAAAUAUAGAACCGAGUUUGAGCAAUCUUUUAAUUCAUAUUAGUUGAUGUUCACAAGUUGUUGUUGAGAGUCAUGUAGUCGUUGUCUAAGAGGCCUCCUAGCUAAAUAAAAUUACAAAUAACACCCCAGGCCUCUACACAACGCCCCAUUUUCUUUCUGGGUCUCUUACCACCCCCUUUGACACCUGCAGCGCCCACAAGGGGGCGUUAUCGCCCACUUUAGGAAACACUGGUGUAGAGUAUCGCGAAGUACUUAGCGGUAUUCUUGACCCCUUCGUACGCUUUGAAAAUUCUGUCGACAUUCUUUCUCCAGGAGUUAAAUUCUCCUGGUCGUCCCGGUAAUUCUCUAAGGUAUUUAACCAUGUUCGGAAUCUUGCCUAAUUCGUUUAUAUUGUUUGCGUUCAGUGUAACGCUGUGGUCCAGUUCGGUAAAACCAGUUAUAGUCUGCGCUAGGGGUGGGAAGGUUUAAAGGAUGGGUGGAAGGUUUGAAAGGAUCUGUGGUUUUUCCAUAAUCUAACCUCAUCUGGUUCAAUUUUUCUGCAGUGUCUGGCAUUAUACCAAUUUUUUUUUGUCCAUUAAUACAAUUUCUUUUUCAUAGUAAUAGCACUCGAUUUCUUUAAUAAGCAAAUGGAUUUUUAUUUUUAAAGCUUACAGUAAUUAAAAACUUUUUCUUGUUUUAUCUUUUUGUAUCGAUUAGUUGAAUACCUUUUCCUUUAUAAUAACAGUAUUUUCUUUAAUAAUAUUAAAAUAUUUCGAAAAAGUUUACAGUAGUGGUUUGCAGCUUUCCAUAGGAUUUUUCAUGACGCGCGGGGGUUGUCCUUUUUUCCGAUGAUUCUGGCGUCCCUCGACGUUGCCAAAUCCCUCGUAGUAUUGCGAUGUAGCCGCCGUCAGCACAGAAUUUAUUAUGAUUUUCUCACACUCGUAGCCUUACUUUUUUGUUGGACUUUUUAUCGCGUGUUUGCUUUUGUUUUAAUAUCUAAUUUAGUACCGUUUGUCACUCGCCACUCCCGUAGUCUUACUUAUUGAUUUUCAGGCUAUUUGCUGCUUUUGUGCGCAGGUGCCUGCUCCGGCGCCAUUUAAAAAACUUGUAUUAUGUUGUUAAUAAAAAAAUAAUUUGGGAGCUAUGCUCCUUUAUUGAAUUGUGUCUUAGAACUAAAAAGUACAAUUAACCCUCUGUCGGUUAAGAGUGCCCUCAGGCAUGCAUCACGAAAUUCAAAAUAAAUAAUAAAUAAAUAAAAAAUUGCAUAAAACUUAAAAACAAGCUUGUUGGCAACACUUCAAUUGUGAGUGUAGUUUAUUUUUGACAGGUUGUCACGCUGCGUUUAAAUUUACCGUUAUGUUUCGUAUGAGUUUUACUAGCGUGCAAAGCUAAAAUUAAUUUCACAAAAAAAAAAAAUUCAAAACAAAAAUAUAUAUAUAUAUUGUUAUCGGAUUCUAUUCAGAAUUUUAUUGUUGCAAAGGUAAGUAGUUCUUUUUACCUUUUACAUACAAGUGAAAGUGAAAAAUGAAAUAAAGUGUCGGGUGAGAAAACAAAACGGAAGAGUGCCUCAGGGCACUUAUAACAGUUUACAUGAAAAUUUGUGUUUUCUUUUUAUUGUUUUUGUUAUGUUUUUUUUGCAGUGCCUGCCAUUGUUUCGUACCUGAAAAUGGAUUUUCGAAACCGUAAAAAGAUCAAACUGAGCGAAAUGACCGAUGAGCAAACUUGUGAAUUUAUGGAAUCGGUUGAAACAGGCGAAGAAGCUGAUUUUAGUAGCGAUGACGAUAUGAAUGAUCCGGAUUUCGAACCUAAUGAAAUAAGCCCCGAAGAUGAACGGUACAUAUCGGAGGUAGUUCACCAAAUCGAUGAAGACGAAUCUGCUUUUUUGAAUAAAGCGGACAAUUUUUCGUUGAACUUGAGUGCAAUCAAGGAAGAUCUUCCCUCAACUUCGCCAAAUGAAGAAGUUGAAGAAGCUUCAGGAGAAGAAGAGCCAUCAACUUCAACACCACGUUUGAAGCCACCAAAACGUGCCCGUUCCCCUUUGCCUGAAUUUGAUUGUAGUGGUCCGUUUAUUGUGCCUUCCUCUGGAGGUUUCAGCGGAACAGCAAUAACCAAAGAUUCGGCUGAGUUUUCCAAAAUUAUAUGGCGAAAACGAUCGAUGUGUUUGCAUGUAAAUGAGGUGGCCUUCCGUGGUGACUCAAGCCUACCAUCUUCGAUCAAAGAGCUUGAAACUCCGAUGGAGAUAUUUCGUUAUUUCUUCACUAAGAAAAUGGUUGACAAGAUUGUUUUAGAAUCGAACCGGACAGCUCGCAAUGUCGAUAUCAACUCCAAGUUCAUAACAUCCGGCGAAGAAAUUUACAAAUACACUAGAGGACCCGCUCAAGUUUUACUGUGGCUGUUACAUAGGUAGUACUACUAAUACCAUCUAUAUGAUUUCUAUUAGUUAUAUUAUAAAUAUUAAUUAAGGAAUAAUCGCAUUUUUGGUGAAGCAACUUGUGUUAGUUUACAAAAAAAAUGAAUCAUAAAGAAUUUCGUGCGUUAAGAAAGAAUUGGUUUUUGGGGUAAAAAUACUAUUGAAUUUGGGCUGUGCAACAGUGAAAUCAAUCGAGUCCAAUCGACUGUCAGCCUAGUGGACUGCAUAUGUAUUAAGAAACGGUUCUCAAGCGUGGAAAGACAAAAAAAUCGGCUGGCAAGGUUAUGGCAUCAGUCUUUUGUUUUGUUUAAUGCACGUUUACGCCAAUUUAAGGUUUGAAUAUUGGAUACUGCGAUGGUAGCGCCAUCCAUCGGUCAAACAUUAAAAAUUAGCAAUUAAUUACAAAUGAUAAAUUAAUGUAAAAAAAACAUUUUCCAGUGGACCAAAUUGUAAAUCUAAACCAUUCUCGAAUCUCCUUGAACAUACACACAAAAUUACAUCAAAAUCGGUUCAUCCGUUUAGGAGCAGUUCAAAUGCAAACACACGGUCAGAAGAUUUAUAUAUAUAAAGAUUGGCAUUCAUGUUUACAUGAGCAUUUACCGCUAUCCCAAUUUGGAAAGCUAUUGGGGCCCAAAUGCGUUUCAACCAAUAGCAAAAACGAUGCCUAAAGCAAGGUUUAUGGCGAUAAAACAAUAUUUGUCCUUUCGUGAUGAAAACACUAGAGCCAAAAAAGGAGAGCCUGGUUAUGAUGCGUUGUUCCGUAUUAGAACGUUGUCUAAUUUUUUAAACACACGGUUCGAUUCCGUACCCAAAACAGCCCGAUUGUGCGUCGAUGAACAAAUGUGUGGCACCAAAAUAUAACAUCAUCUACGCCAAUACAUGCCAAACAAACCACACAAGUGGGGCAUCAAAUUAUUCGUGUUAUGCGAUACAAGCGGAUUCGCUUAUCGCUUCGAGGUUUAUAAUGGUGCUGGCGACAAUGUGAUCUUACCAGGACAACCAGAUCUUGGAGCCACGUCGAACGUUGUUGUUCGUUUAUCGCAAACUAUACCAAACUUCAGGAAUCACAUUCUGUAUUUUGAUAAUUUUAUUACAUCGUUGCCGUUGUUGGUAUUAUUGCGAGCUCGAGGCAUAU